ACUACAAAUUUGGGAUCCGUUACAUAUUUUUAUUUGUGAUCGAAUAUACAGUGAAAUAUGAAAAUGUUAUAAAUACGUCUCCUCAUAUACACCAUAAAUAGGCCUUAUGCAUUGUUCAUUGGACUAACUCAUGAAGUGAUUUUCACCAAGUUAUAAUUUUUAUUGGAUAUUUACAUGUUCUUGUAGUCCUAACAAAACCUCAAGUGUCUCUCCAUUUCCCAUCUCUCUUUCCAUGGCUUUGCUUCAGAUCGGUUCACCUCUUACGUACUGUAAUGUCUUUUCGAAAAUUCGGCCGUCAAGCAAGCAGAAACACCGCAAUCUGUCACGUUUCCGGUGCUCGGCCGCCGAUAAAACUGCGCCGGAUCAGCCUGCCGUCGUCAUCCGUCGCUCGGCAAAUUAUCCACCCUCCUCUUGGGAUCAUAAUUUCCUUCUCUCUCUCGAGAAUCAAUACGCGAAAGAAGGCAGAGUGAGGGAGAGGGCAAAGUUAUUGAAAGAAGACGUGAGAAAGAUGCUGGUUGAGACAGAGGCUUCUAUUGAGCAGCUAGAGCUCAUCGAUGCGUUACAAAGACUCGGAAUUUCGUAUCAUUUUGAACGCGAAAUUGGCGAUAUCUUGACGGAAAUUCACAACGUGGAAGGGAAAGGAUUCGACAAAGGCGGAAAGACUGAGGAUUUACAUGCCACUGCACUAAAAUUCCGACUCCUCAGACAACAUGGUCUUAGCAUCUCACAAGAUGUUUUUAACAUUUUCAUGAAUGAAAAGAAGACGGGGGAGUUCGAGACAAGUUUAAAUGAUGACUCCAAAGGUCUCCUCUCUCUCUAUGAAGCUUCAUACUUAACAACAAAAUCGGAUACUAAACUGAAAGAAGCUAGAUCUUAUGCGACGGAGAGACUAAGGGAAAUUCUCGAAAAAAGAUCGAACACCGAUUAUGAUGACACUCAAUCUUAUAUGACGAAAAUGGUGAUUCAUGCCCUCGAGAUGCCAUACCAUUGGAGAGUGAAAAGAUUAGAAGCACAUUGGUACAUGGAUGUGUACGGUAAGAGGCAUGACAUGAAUCCUCUCUUGCUUGAAUUUGCCAAGCUUGACUUCAACAUUCUGCAAGCUGUUCAUCAACAAGACCUCAAGCACCUCUCCAGCUGGUGGAACGACAUAGGACUGGCGAAACGACUUGAUUUUACAAGAGAUAGAAUCACGGAGAACUUUUUAUGGGGCCUUGCACUGGUCGAUGAACCUGGUUUCGGAUACCGCAGAAGAAUGCUGACGAAGAUUUUCUCGUUCAUGACAACGAUCGACGACAUAUAUGACAUAUACGGAACCAUGGAAGAGCUCGAAAUAUUUACAGCGGCUGUCGAAAAGUGGGAUGUGAACCUCAUGGAAGAACUUCCUGAAUAUAUGAGGUUCUGUUUUCUCGUUUUAUUCAACACAAUCAAUGAGAUUGGGUUUGACGUUGUCAGAGACAAAAGGAUCAAUGUAAUACCUUAUCUAAAAGAUGCGUGGACAGGUUUUUGCAAAUGCUUUUUAAGAGAGGCGAAAUGGUAUAAGAAUGGAGACAAGCCGAGUCUCGACGAGUACAUGCAAAACACGAUGGUUCUCGCCCCGAUAGUGUUGCAGCAACUGUACUGUGCCUGUUAUUCCGACAAGAACUCUGACACAGACUUGGACACCACAUCCGAUAGCUACAGAUCUGUCAUAGAAUCCUCCAUGACCGUUCUACGUCUUGCCAACGAUCUGGCGACUUCAUCGGAGGAGAUGGAAAGAGGGGAUACUCCGAAAUCGAUCCAGUGUUACAUGUACGAGACGGGGGCUACCGAGGAGGAGGCACGUGAGCACAUGCGGGGGAUGAUCAGUGAUGCAUGGGACGAGCUGAACUACGAGAAAAUGGCGAGCGAGUCUACACUCCCUCGGGAUUUCGUCCAGGUUGCGAUGAAUUAUGCGCGCGUAUCGCAGUGCGCGUACCAGUACGGUGACGGCCGUGGCUAUCCCGAGAAGACCAAGAUGGUCGAUCGUGUCCGGUCCUUGCUCGUUAACCAUGUUCCCCUUGAUUAAUCUACUAAUAUAUUUGUCAAGCUUUAUACGAUCACUUUUUACGUGGACGGAGUUUAAUUUAAAAUAAAAUCUAUUUUAAUUCUAA